AUGCUCGUUUGGGUGUGUCGUCUUGACAGGAACAAAGUACGGUACGUCACCGAGUACGUUGACCUCGACCUCACAUACAUCACGCCCCGCAUCAUAGCCAUGUCAUUUCCCGCCUCUGGCCUGGAGGCCGCGUACCGCAACAACCUCAAAGAUGUUGCGGCGAUGCUGCGUGCCCGCCAUGGCGACCACUACCUCGUCUUCAACGUCUCGGAGAAGGAGUACGACAUUUCAAAACUCAACCACCAGGUGCUUGACUUUGGAUGGCCGGAUCACAUGGCCCCGCCCCUCGAGCGUCUCUGCAGCGUGAUCACGUCGAUGGGCUCGUGGCUGGACAGCGACCCGUCCAACGUCGUGGUCGUGCACUGCAAAGGCGGCAAAGGGCGAACGGGCGUUGUCGUCGCCGCCUACUUCAGCUACAUGCGCCUCUUCCCGAAGGCCGACGACGCCAUGUUGCACUUUGCACUCAAGAGGUUCAACAAUGCGGAGGAAGUUGGGGACGUUGGCGUGACGAAUCCAUCGCAGCGGCGAUACGUCAACUAUUUCCAGCACAUCGUCACAGGCGCCCUGCAGGUGUGGCCGCGGCCACUGCGACUGCUGCACGUGAUCAUGCAGACUGUGCCGCACUUUGACAAGAACAAGGGCUGCCGACCCGUCCUCGCCAUCUACGAGGAUGUGUCACGGGAGGUGUACCGGACACAGGAGCCGCUACAGUACUUUGCAAAGUCGGACCGAUUCAUGAGUUUACACAUCAACGCAGACGUCGGCAUCAUUCUCAGGGGCGACAUUACGAUCAAGCUGUGGCACCGGAGCCGCCACGGGAACGACCACUUGGUGCUGCGCUGUCAGAUACACACGUGCGCCGUCGACGGCGAUGUGCUCACGCUCGAGAAGCCCCAACUCGACGAGGCGUAUCGCGAUAAACGCGUGGAGGACACGGCCAACCUCACCCUCGUCUUCCAGCCAAUCUCCGCCACACCAAGCAAAGAGGCGCUCAACAACAGCGCGAGUGCCGCGCUUUUCAAACGUGUGCAGGAAAUGUUCCCGCCCACGCAUUCAGACUCAGCUACCAACGGCGGCGAUACGGGCAGCGUUGCAAGCGCCGCUGUUGGGCGCAUCCCCCUCGUGUCGGACCACGUGCACGUUGUGGAUGAUGACAGCGGUGGCGAUGACGUUGAGAGAACUGUCACUGAUGACGAUGAUGAUGAUGAUGACGAGGAGGAGGAGGAGGAGGAGGAGGAGGAGGAGGAGGAGGAGGAGGAGGAGGAGGAUGGCCACAGCAGCGAUGAAGAGGACGAUGAUGCGAGUGGUCGUGGUCGUGGUGAUAAUGAUGGUGAUGAUCAAGGCUGCAACGCACAGGCACACGGUGUUGCUGCGUCAUCAAGCCCGCUGCCUGUGCGCACGCCGCCGCGCACCCCAACGCAACAGAAACAGAAACAAAAGGAGGAAGAAGAGGAGGAAUUUGGUGCUUUGCUGAACAAGGGCCGUGUACCCAGCAGCCCCUUUGAUAAUGGCGGUGGCGAGCUUGUGUCGUACAGUCUUCCCUCCACCCCGUUUCGCACCUCGCAUCACAGCAGCCCGAGCUCAUCAUCAAAGCCUCAGCCAACUGCAGUGGCAAUAGCAACAGCAACAGCAGCAACCACGCAAUGUGUCAACAAGGACGCCAGCAGCUGCAGCAGCAGUGACAUGAGCAUGAAUGCCACCGCGGCUGGCAGUGACAGCAGCAAGACCAAGACCAAGUCUAAGAUCAGCACCACCAACACCACCAGUCGAGUCGGGUUAACAUCGCUUGGCCGUGACGCAAGCUUUCGCCGCUCUGCUCUCCGUCGCCGCCCCCAACACGCGCACACUCACACGCACACGCGCACGCACACGCGCGGGCACCGGCGGUCGCUGUCGUUUGACCCGUCCAACCCGUUUUCAGCGUCAUUUGAUGAGCAGCAGCAGCAGGAGAGGAGGAAAGGGGAGGAGGAGAAGAAAACAAAUUUGAAGAAGAAGGAAAAAGAAAAGGAAGUGGGAGAGGAUGUGGGCAGCGGUGGUGGUGCGAAGCAGCGUGUUGGAGGUGAUCGUUGCGAGGAGAGAGAAGAAGGCUCGCAAGCAGUGAGCAGUGGCAGGGAGGGCAGAAGUGCGACUUCAGACAAACAACAGCAGCACGGAUCACAAGCACACUCGAUCAUCAGCAGCGAGGCAAGUGGGGAUGCAGCGGGUGACGCGUGGUCUGUGCGCCAGUCCAGCGUGUUCACGUCAUCCUCACUCGACAGCAGCGCUGCUGACGAUUUUAUCACAAUGGCAGAGCGUGACCAACGUGCACAUGGAGACGAUGCUGGUGAUGGUGAUGGUGACGGUGAUGGUGAUCGUGAUGGUGGUGGUGAUGGUGGUGUUGUGGCGGUGGAAGGAAAGGGAGGGCGGCAACGCCGUGUGGCGCGAAAUCCGUUUGCACGCGACAGUCAUCUCCCCUUGCAGCGUCAGUCACGUGUGGCUGAACCCAAACGUGGUAGCGAGGAUGAUGGUGGUGACAGCAGCACCAACAACAACAGCACCAGCAACACCAACAACAGCAACAGCAACAGCAGGAGUAGCAGCUCGGAUGACGAUGGUGACAAAGGCCCUGGUUGCGAGAGUGGACAAGCGACUGCACGUGGUGAUGGACGGGAAGUGGCGCCGCCUGUAUCGCCCACACCGUUAUCACCGUCACAACCAACAACGACAACGACAACGACAACGAUGACACAACCACCUCCACCGCACGUGUCAGCAUUGCCUAGGAUGGCGACGGCUGCAGCGGCAAUGCCCCGUGAACACGAGCAGGCCGCGUGGUUCUUCGGCCGCAUGUCGACACAGGCGGCAGAGCGGCUGCUGCUGGAGAAGGCGGAACCGUCAACGUUCGUCGUGCGCCAGUCAGCACGCACUGGUGGCCGCAGCCGUGAGGAUGGUUGUGGUGGUGGUGUUGGUUGUGGUGGUGUUGGGAACGGCGGAGGUAAGAGCCGCGGCAGCAAGAGGGCUGGUCAAUCCGCCGGUGAUGGUGGUGAUGACAGACAUGUUUCGACCACUGAUGGCUUGGCCAACCACGACAACAGAACCAAUGGCAACAAUAGUAGCAGUCACAGGAGCAGCGCGACUGCUACUUCCUCUUCCCACCAGGGCGGCGGCGGUGGUGGUGGUGGCAACCAUGAUGAUGGCGCGGUGUUUCAGCUGUCUGUGCGCACGCCGACGCGUGUUGUCCACUAUGACGUGGUGUGGCAGGCUGGGCUGGGGCGGUUCGCGCUGCAAGGCAAAGGCAGUUUUCCUUCGCUGUCGGACCUUGUUCGCCACUUCCAGAAGCACGCGCUUGCCUACAGCUCUGGUUGCCCCGUGCUGCUGGGUGAGGGCUAUGGCGUGCGGGGAUUACUGCCGUCGUCCUCGUCCACCGUGACCACCCCGACCCGCCGCACACUCAUCUCCCUCAAGCGCACCACAUGAUGUGCCGUUUGUUUGUUUUGUUUUGUUUGUUUUGUUUGUUUUGUUUGUGUGUGUGUGUGUGUAUGUCUGUCUGUCUGUCUGUCUCUGUGUGUGUGAUAUCAGCUUGGCACGUCGACGUGUCGUUCUUGUCAGCGUAUUUGUGUACAUGUAGGUUCGACCAUGACAAGACAGCAGCUUGCUGCUUGAUGCUUGAUGCUUGAUGCUUGCUGCUUGAUGCUUGAUGCUUGUUGUGUCUAUGUACAGCAACUUGUGUAAACGAACAACCAUGCA